AUGCUGCGCAAAUAUCUUCUCUUGCCGCUUCUUGCGUCAUAUGGUGCGGCUGUCACUAUUUCGGUAGCGAAGUCUGGAGGCAAUGCCACAUCGGGUUUGCAAUAUGGUGCUAUGGAAGAGGAAAUCAAUCACUGUGGUGAAGGAGGUCUCUAUGCAGAGCUGAUUCGCAACAGGGCUUUCCAAGGCAGUGCUAAGUUCCCUUCGUCACUGGAUGCCUGGACUGCCGCUGGGAGCUCAUCGUUAUCACUCAAGAACCUGACUGAUCCUUUGUCUACUGCCCUGCCAACCUCGGUCAAUGUCAAAGGCACUGGCACGGCUGGUCUGAUUAACUCUGGUUUCUGGGGAAUUGAUGUUCGCCCCCAGAAAUAUAGUGGAUCAUUCUAUGUGAAGGGCUCCUACACUGGGUCUUUCACUGCUUCUCUCCUUUCCCCUAGCGGAAAAGUGCUUGCCAGCACCAAGGUCACUUCGAAGAGCAAAGCAAACUCUUGGGUGCAGCAUAGCUUUGUUCUUACCCCGAAGAAAAAGAGUUCAGACACCAAGAACACAUUCUCAUUGACUUUUGAUGGCUCGAAAGCAUCAAGCGGGUCGCUCGAUUUUAAUCUCAUUAGUUUGUUCCCGCCCACAUGGAAUGACCGUCCGAAUGGCAUGCGGAAGGACUUGAUGCAAGCUAUGAAGGAUCUGGGUCCUACUUUCCUCCGCUUCCCAGGCGGAAACAACCUUGAGGGUGAUACCAUUGAGGGCCGCUGGAAGUGGAACGAGACAAUUGGACCUCUCAAGGACCGACCUGGCCGUGCGACCACCUGGCAAUACCAGGAGACCCUUGGACUGGGCUUGGUGGAGUACAUGGAAUGGUGUGACGACCUCGGCAUGGAGCCCAUCCUCGCGGUUUGGGGUGGCCUUGCCUUGAACGGUGACUUGAUUCCCGAGGAUGAACUCGAUUUCUACGUGCAAGAUGCACUCAACGAGAUCGAGUUCCUCACUGGCUCCGUGGAUACUGAGUAUGGCGCUUUGCGCGCUAAGGUCGGACACCCGGAUCCAUGGACAAUCAAAUACGUCGAGGUUGGAAACGAAGAUAACCUGAACAACGGGUUGGAGUCGUACAAGUCUUAUCGAUUCCCAGCAUUCUAUAAGGCUAUCACUGCCAAGUACCCCGACAUCCAGGUUCUGGCUUCAACCAUCGAUAUGACUAUUCCUGGAACCGCCGGUGGUGAUUAUCACCUGUACGAUACUCCAGACAACUUCAUCAGCAAGUUCGACAUGUUCGAUAGUUACUCAAAGGAUCACCCUAUCUUGCUCGGCGAAAUUGCUGCUACUGAGCCCAACAACGGAGUUGGAAUCGACUGGAGCAACACUCAUUUCUCUCUGUACCCUUGGUGGAUUGGAUCAGUGGCCGAAGCUGUUCUGCUAUUGGGCGCAGAACGUAACGCUGACAAGAUCAUUGGAACCACCUACGCUCCGUUCUUGAUGAACUUGGAUAGCUACCAGUGGUCACCGACUAUUCUCUCAUUCAAUUCUGACCCUGACGACACAGCACGCUCAACCAGUUACCAUGUCUACAGUCUAUUCAACCACAAGAUCAUGACCAACACCCUUCCUGCCACGUCUCCAGAUGCCUUUGGUCCCCUUUACUACGCGACAGGUCUGGAUAGCAAAACCAACUCGCACAUUUUCAAGGCAGCAGUAUACAACAGCACAUCUGAUGUCCCCGUGUCACUAACCUUCGAGGGAGUUGGCCGGGGUACCAAGGCCGACUUGACCAUCCUCACUGCACCCGAUGCCUUGACUAUGAACGCGGUGGGCGGGUCCAACCUUGUCAAAAGCAAGACUACCCAAAUCAAGGCUGGAAAGAAGGGCGAGUUUAGCUUUAAGCUGCCUAACCUGAGCGUUGCUGUGCUUUCUACCAAUUAA